AUGGCAGGCGAGAAAACCCAACAACCAGAGAUUCCAGGUGAGCCAACUCACUUGGGCACAUCCCUCGUCGAGACGGCCACUGCUACCAUUCAAGGCUUCGGUCCUAUCAACAAUAUCCACCAACAUCUCUGCGCAUUUCAUUUCUACGCUUAUGACAUGACCCGACAAGUCGAAGCUCACCACUUCUGUGGGCAUCAAAACGAAGAAAUGAGGCAGUGUCUGAUAUACAAUAGCCCAGAAGCCGAUGCUCGGCUUAUUGGGAUUGAGUACAUUAUAUCUGAGAACUUGUUCUUGACCCUGCCAGAUGAAGAGAAGCCCCUGUGGCACUCCCAUGAAUUUCAUUUCUACGCUUAUGACAUGACCCGACAAGUCGAAGCUCACCACUUCUGUGGGCAUCAAAACGAAGAAAUGAGGCAGUGUCUGAUAUACAAUAGCCCAGAAGCCGAUGCUCGGCUUAUUGGGAUUGAGUACAUUAUAUCUGAGAACUUGUUCUUGACCCUGCCAGAUGAAGAGAAGCCCCUGUGGCACUCCCAUGAGUAUGAAGUUAAGAGUGGUGUCUUGUUCAUGCCUGGCGUUCCGGGGCCGAUACAGCGGAAGGAGCUUGAGAAGAUAGCGCAGACGUAUGGUAAGACGUUCCAUUUCUGGCAGGUUGACAAAGGUGAUAGCCUCCCUCUUGGGCUUCCCAAGGUGAUGUUUGCCCUCACAAGGGAUGGCCAGCUUGAUGAGAACCUUGCCCGGGACGUUGAGAAGCGUUCUGGCAUCUCUUUUGCCAAGGAGAGGGAAAACCGAGCGUACAUGUCGGGGCCUGUGAAUGGGAUACACCCACUUGCAAAUGGUUCCGGCAAAGGGCUGAAGACUGUGCUGAGAGAGACGGAUUGCUGCGUACCACCAAACCCUCGAAUCUUCGUCUGA